AAAAUGCACCCACUUCGUGAAAGGGCCUGCGAGGAAUUGCUUGAAAAUCCUGCGUUGCGCACGCCACCACCCGAACCGGAACCACCGCGGCCACCUCGAAUUCGUAAACAGAGGGAAUUCAAACUACCUCCAAGAUUUCCACUGCUAACCAAACAAUUUUAUUCCAAUUGGUGUAACCAUCAAAAGGAGCUACAAAUGAGCAAACACAAAGUAGACGACAAUCCCCCGGAAUUGUUUCCCGAGCUUUACCUGAAGCCACGCAGGUUGGAUUACUAUGCUCGUCAGUUAGAAGAAAAUAUGAACGUCAACAAGGAGCUGCUUAAACGGAUUAAUUUAAUUCAGCGAACAGGGGGCUUCGUUGACUGUUGGAAUCCAGAACCAACUAAUACAUAUAAUAAAUUACUUUGUAAGCAAAGACAACGAGCAUUAGACGAGAUACGAGUCAAAAAUCUGUAUUUCUAUUCAAGAUUACUUAUUGCGCGAUCGGAGCAACUGCUUACAAAAGAAUUAGAUAAAUUAUGGCAAGACACAAAGCAUAAAUUAAUUUUGGGAGCCUCUUUACCGUUUAUUUUAUUUAAAACGGAAAAAAUUGAUCGUGAUAUAAGAGAUCCUGCUUUUGAAAAACCACUAAAUCUCCACCGUACUAAAGUAUCAAUGGAUAUUUGGGUACUAGGUGGAUCGAAGAUUGGUAAAGUUAUAAUUGAAUUGUUCACCGACAUUGUACCAAAAACAUGUCAGCUGUUUCUAUCUCUUGUAAAAGGAGACGCUCGUGGAUAUGCUUAUACAGGGACCAGAUUUUUUAGAGUUGUACCAAACCUAUACUGCCGAGGCGGAGACGUCGUCAAGGAUAACGGCUUUGGAUGUUACUUACCCGAAGGCGAAGUGGAGCCGAUGGGCGCCGAGAACUAUUGCCUCAAACACUCCGUACCUGGUGUUUUGUCUAUGGCGGUAAGUUCGGACAAUGAAGUGUGUGGACAAUUCAAUAUUAUAUUUAAACCUUUGUCACAGUUUAAUGGAAAGCACGUCGUUUUUGGCAGAAUUGUUGCAGGCCCCACACAAACCCUAGAGAGAAUCAGUGCCCUAGGACUACCGCUUGGAACCACCACUUCGGAUUGCAUCAUUCGUCAAUGUGGCUGGUACACACGCACAGGACAGUUUAGGGUAGGGAAUGAAAACACUGUCAAGUUCCCACCCCGAAGAAAGGGUCAAAAAUGGUAAAAGCCAGAAAUUGAAAGCCAUAUUACAGAUAUAUAAACUCCAUUUAGCAAUCGCUUUUGAAUGCAAUAUAUCAUGUUCCAGGUUAUUAGAAAUAAAAUAAUAAUAGAAACAAUUAUUCUGCUACAUUUAUUUCUUUGCGGGGUUUUUUUUCCAUACAACUACUAUCUCCUAAAUUCGCUUCCUUGUGGAUCCAACGUUUUGAUAUAUUAGAUU